ACUCAGUGUGUAGGGAUCUAUAAUAAUAAUAAUAAUAAUAAUAAUAAUAAUAAUAAUAAUAAUAAUAAUAAUGUGAAUGUAAAGUGGGCUGUUAUUACAGAACCGGGCCGCGCGGGGGCGCUGUGACAUCACAUCCGGCUGUGACGCAGCGCACACAGUGAAAGUCGGCCUUGAUGAUGGCUGCUCAGGUGUGUUUCUGUGGCAACCGCUUGGUUCUUCAGGUACUUGGGAGGCAGGUGCGCUGCUUUUCCUCCAGCGUCUCAAUCGGACAGGUUCAGUCUCGCAGUGAGGCGGGCCAUCACACACACGAACACACACACGCUUUCACCCACUUUCCGUUCUCCCGCUCUGCCAUCGGAACCUUCUUCCAGGAGCAGCCCCUGCUCAGGAACCCCUUUACCCAGGAUGCACUGCUCAGAGCAUACCUGCGCAGACACCUGCCUCUGCAGGAGGUGCAGUCGGAUCUGUCUGAAUUCGGCGAGCGUGUUGUGUGUGAGAUUGAUGAUCUGGGGCGUCAGUGUGAGCAGAAUCCCCCCCAGCUGCAGCCUUAUGAUGCGUGGGGUCGCCGUGUCGACCGCAUCAUCACCUGCGACGCCUGGACACGCAUGAAACACAUCUCUGCACAGGAAGGCCUCGUCGCUGCUGGAUACGAGCGACGCUUCGGCAAGUGGAGUCGUGUGUAUCAGAUGAGUAAGUUGUACCUGUAUGCACCUUCUGCUGGCCUCUACACCUGCCCACUGGCCAUGACUGAUGGAGCUGCCAAAGUCAUAGAGUCUCUGGGCAUACCUGUUAGGGAGGCGUUUGAGCGUCUGACCACGCGAGACGAGACAAAAUUCUGGACAUCGGGUCAGUGGAUGACGGAGAGAAGGGGAGGAUCGGAUGUUGCAAACGGGACAGAGACGGUUGCCCAGCGACAGGAGGACGGGUUGUACCGGCUGCACGGGUUUAAGUGGUUCACUUCAGCAACGGACGCUGACAUCACGCUCACGCUCGCUCGCAUCGCAGAUCACCAUGGCAACACCAUUCAGGGCAGUGUGGGCGUGUCCCUGUUCUGUGCAGAGGUGUGGGACUCUGAGGGCCGGACAAACGGAGUGGAGAUCCAGAGGCUGAAGGAUAAACUCGGUACACGGCAGAUGCCCACUGCAGAGCUGCUGCUGGACGGCAUGAGGGCACAACUGUUGUCAGAGGAGGGAAGGGGCGUGGCCUCUAUCGCCAACAUGCUGACUCUGACUCGCAUCCAUAACACUGUGUCUGCUGUCGCUGCCAUGAGGAGAAUAAUCCAGUUGGGCAGGGAAUACGCCACUAAGCGGAGUGUGUUUGGAAAACUGCUGAAGGAUCAUCCACUGCACGUACAGACACUCAGCAGACUGGAGGUAGAGACUCGGGCUGCGUUUCUGUUGAUGAUGGAACUGUGUCAACUUUUGGGACGAGAUGAAACAGGAACAGCAACAGAGCGAGACACACACCUUCUGAGACUGCUUACACCUGUAGCUAAACUAUACACUGGCAAACAGGCAGUUUCUGUGGUGUCAGAGGGAUUGGAGUGUUUUGGGGGUCAAGGUUAUAUUGAGGACACGGGUCUGCCUGCCCUGCUACGAGAUGCACAGGUGUUGAGUAUAUGGGAAGGCACCACUAAUGUUCUCUCGCUGGAUGUUCUGCGCUCAAUUUCUAAAUCCUCAGGACGUGUACUGCAGGCCUUCUUCUCUGAUGUGGAGGAGCGAUUGCGUGUUGCCGGUCCCACCCUGCAUCCCGCAGUACAGAGUCUGAGCUCGUCUCUGUCUGGUUUAGCUCGGUUCAUCCAGACUGCAGAGUCUCAUCCACCAGAAAGCCUUCAGCUUGCAGCAAGAGACCUAGCAUAUAGCAUCGCACGCAUUUACAUGGGAGCUCUGUUAGUGGAUCAUGCCUCAUGGGAAGGAGCUUCACACCCAGAUGUCUAUGCUGCUCUGAGGUGGUGUGAGCAUGAUAUGUGUCCUGUAGUGAGUGGGGAGAUCCGAGGGUGUUACAGCACCAACGCUGCACUGAGUGACUCUCAGCUUGUUUACCAAGGACUGGAGAAGCAGGAUCCCUGAGAACACAUACACACACACACACACACACACGCACACGAUUAUAUACACAGGCAAGGUAAAGACUCAGUACACACAUCACACACAAGCCUGAGCAAUAUGUAAUGACACAUUAUAAGAAUAAUGUUUGUUAGUGAUAGUAAUAACUGCAGUUUAUUGUGUUGAAGUGUGUUUGUGUUGUGGUGAAGAUAAAGCGGUUAUUUGCUUUAUCCUAACAAUUAGAGAAGUGUGUUGAUUUAUUAUGAUGAUUAUUUCACACUUACAAUCACAAUUAAUAUAAGUGCACUUUAGUUUCAUGAAUAUACACAAAACAUCCCAUAAUACUGUAGUAGAGGAAUAUCAAUAAAGUAUCUAAAUAAUUAGCAGAA